AUUCGAUUCCAUCCCAUCCGUACAUCGGUCCCCCGCACACACGGCAACGGACCAACAUGGCGAUCCUCAACCCGAAGAAGAUGAAGGUAAACGAGAUCAAAGAUGAGCUUGCAAAACGGGGAUUGAGCCAAACGGGUCUUAAGCCCGAGCUCAUCCAGCGUCUUGAACUCGCUCUCGAUGAAGAGGAGUUUGGCGGCUUGGAUGUCCCAGAAUCAUCCCCAGUUUCCACUGCCGUUGCUGUCGUGGAGAAUGAGGUUGCUCCCACCGUUGUCAUGAAGAAAACCGACUCGAUUCGAAGCCUUCUCAACGACGAUACUCCUUCCGCGGAACCUGCUGCCACGGCGCUUGCGAAGGCUGCUGUUGGCAAGCCAUCUGCGACUUCGACGGUGGCUCCUACUGCCAAACCUACUGUGAAAAAGACUGAUGUGUCCCCGCCCAGCGCAACCAUCGUGGCAAACACGCCCAAGGCGAUCUCAGAGGAGGAGAAGAAACGUCGUCGCGCUGAAAAAUUUGGCAUUCCACUCUCAGAGGAACAGAAAAUUUUGGAACGUGCUAAGCGCUUCCAGCUGCCGAGUAUGAAGAGUGACGACUUUAGUGCUCUGCUCACGGACAACCCGGGGGUUCAUGUAGACAAAGUUCUUGAUGACGCGAAAAAGCAGGACCGGGCCAAGCGCUUUGGGCUUCCUGUUGCUUUGGACGCCAGUAUGCUGGAAGAGAAGAAAGCCGCGCGUGCAAGCCGGUUUGGAAUGAAUGCCGAAGCCGAGAAGAAGCUGAAACGCGCCAUGCGAUUCAACUUGGAAACGCCAGAGACGGUGGAUGCAAAAAAGAAGCAACGCCUGGAGCGAUUUGGUCUGUCGAAGUAAUUACGUUAAUGCACAGCGACUCCCUCCACUCCGUCGUGGCGAUGAAAUGGAUGCGCACAAUAUCAUGGCAUUCCCUGGUAAACGCUCACCAAGUGCGUGCGAAGAAUAUGUCUCGCCCGCGGAUCAAAAACGUCGCUCAAGGUUGCACGGUCCAGCGUCCAUGGGCAUUCACGCGACCGUUGCUGUUGGUGAAAAUGGAAGGGCGGAACACUCCGAAAAAUCCCUCCUUGGUGCCACUUGCGCGGCAGCGCUCAUAUAACAUGCGAAUAAAGUCCUGCUUUGUCGUAA